ACAAUGUCCCCAAUUUGGCUAUUUCUCCUCGCUGCCAUCGACGUUCGGCCGCAGACAUUCCCGGCUCCCCACCUAGGUCUCUUUUUUCUUCCUCACUCCCUACGGCGGCCACAGACCGACACACCAGCCUCUCUCUAGCUAUGGAAUCUCUGUUCAAAGCUUACUCAAAUUCCUCUGACGAUUACGACGAAGAAGAUGAACCUAAGCCCAAGCGCUUGGCCCUCUCCUCUUCACCUUCAAAGAGACCCGAACUCGAACCUUUUAAAUUCAAGCCGAACAUACGGCCAUCGCAUUGCUCGCACUCUAAUCCUCAGCCUCAUGAGAGGAUUAUGGUUCCUGGACGCUACAUUUCCAAGAGAGAGCGAGCACUCUUGAGUUCAGCUCCAGCUUCAAGGGCUCCAGAGUCAUUUCCUAACCCGUCACUUCAAUCUCCACCUGUUGGAAGUCUUUCGGAUUCUGAUCUUCCACGUGAUAUCUUGUCACUAUUGAGAAGUAGAGGCAAAGACUAUUUACAGCAAGGUCUGAUGCCUAAAAGGAUGUCUGUAACUCUUGAUUGCCAUAGGAAAGCUGUCAAUUCAGUUCAAUGGUCACCAAGUCAUGCUCAUCUCCUUGCUUCUGCUGCUAUGGAUCACACAAUCUGCAUAUGGAACGUAUGGAGCACAGGGCAGAAGCUAGCACUCAAGUCAAGCUUCCACAACGCUGCAGUUAAAGAUGUUCAGUGGUCACAACAAGGAUUAUCUGUUCUUUCUUGUGGAUACGAUUGUGCUUCAAGAUUGAUUGAUGUUGAGAAGGGGACAGAAGUUGGAGUAUUCAAGGAGGAUCAAGGCGUUGCAGUAGUAAAGUUCCAUCCUAACAACCCAAAUCUCUUCCUUUCAGGUGGACUUAAAGGCAGCCUUCGAAUGUGGGAUAUGAGAAUUGGAAAAAUGGUUAACAAAUACAAUCGACGCCUUGGUUCAAUCCUUGAUCUUGAAUUUACUCCGAAUAGCAAUCAGUUCAUCUCUUCUAGCGAUGUUUCCACAAGCAAUAGUAGUGAAAGCUCUAUCAUCGUUUGGGAUGUCACAAGAGAAGUUCCACUUUCAUAUCAGGUUUAUAUGGAAGCCUAUACUUGUCCAUCUGUGAGAUGUCACCCCUUUGAUCCAGCUUUUAUCGCCCAAUCAAAUGGAGAUUAUAUUGCAAUAUUCUCUCUAAAUCCACCUUUCAAGUUAGACAAAUACAAGAGGUACGAAAGUCAUGGAGUCUCAGGCUUUCCAAUAAAAUGUAACUUCAGCCUUGAUGCCAAGCAAAUCAUCUCUGGGUCUUCAGAUGGCUCUAUAUAUUUUUAUGAUUAUAAGUCCUCCUUGCUUAUACAUAAACUAAAAGCAUCUGAACAGGCCUGCAUAGAUAUUGCCAUCCACCCGACCUUGCCUAAUGUAAUCGCUUCGUGCAGUUGGAAUGGGAAGAUCUCUGUGUUCCAGUGAUUGUUUUAUUUAUAUCGACUGUUCUUAGAUUUUUCCUUCUACUGAAAUCAGGACAAUAUAAUUGAUGAGAUCUCUAUCAUCCUACAUUUUGUCAAAUGAUGAGAAUGAUUAAAGAUAUUUUUGUAAAUGUUCUCACCUUGUGCCCCUCCGUGAUCACUCUUUUAGAUUCUAUUAUAUCUUUAGAUAAAAACUUAAUGCAAGCAGGUUCAAGAGAUUAUUCUUUCAGCA